AUCGAUUCAUUGGUCAAAAGGGAAUUUAUUGAUUGAUAAUCGAGGGUUAGUAGGAUGAAGAUUCACGAUGAUUUCUCAUAAUGAGGCGUAUUAUGAGAGCCGAAGGCCCAUCCAGGAUUUGGGGGCUGUGGGGAAUUUCAAGAGGAUCAUUUGGAAUCCGGAGAAAAGGGCUUUUUUGGAUCGCACGGCGAAGGAAUGGGCAACUGUAGGGUUGUUCUACUUGUGUUUCUUUGGAGCUUUGUUCUCCAUCUUUGCUCUUCAACUCUGGAUCACACUCGACUUCGUAGCUGACCUGAAACGACCGUAUUUGAAGCACAGUAGUCAAGUCCCUGAAGAAUUUUUUGCUGAAAGGCGAUCACUGUUUCAUGCGCCGCUCAUCAAGUUUGAGAAUCCGGGUCUAGGAUUCGUUCCUAAUAUAAUUCAAACGGCCACUUCGUCCCCGAUAAUGUGGAUCAGUGAUACGAAUAAAAAUGGUGAUCCAGAACGAUACGCCACAGCGAUCCGAAAAUUUCUGUCCGAUUACAAGCGAGAUAGAUCAAAUUAUGACGUUAAUUGUUCUGCAAGACCAUCACGCUCUGUCUCAAGGACGAAACCAUGUUUUUUUGAUGUCACGAAGCUCGGAAAUUGUUCAAUACCACCUUUUGGAUAUAAAUUUCCCUACCAGCCCUGUAUUUUUAUAAAACUUAAUAAGAGAUACGACUGGACGCCGAAUUAUUACAACAGCACUUCCGAUCUACCGGAAGUAAUGCCAGGAGAUCUGAAACAAGCGAUUAAGCUGUCAAAAGAGGGAAAAAUUUGGUUAUCAUGCAACGGUGUAAAAAAUGUUGAUAAAGAGCACAUGGGAAUGAUAAGCUACUUCCCAUCACCGGGAUUUCCAUUUUACUAUUUUCCAUUCACCGGCCAUUCGCAGUAUCUCUCGCCAGUGGUAGCAAUUAUGUUCCAUAAUUUGACAGUGAACCGAUUGGUUAAUGUCGAAUGUCACACUUGGGCGAAGAACAUUGGAGACAGUCGCGCUCUGGAUUUUCAAAUUGUCACGUUUUCGUGAGGGAUGACAUAUGUGCUCCCAAAAAAAUGAUGGAAAAACAGAGGAGAUUAUAAUACCACAUGUGCAGCAGUCAAGAAGAUCGUCUUGACGAUCUACGUCACGACGAGAAAAUUCCACCGGAAAUAAUAGCAAAUCGUUUCGUAAUCGUGUUAUACUUCGGCUGUUCUCCAGAAAUUACCGUAUCACUCCGUAAAUUUUAUCGACCGAUCAAUAGAUGUUAUCUAUCCCUUAGGAAAAAUUAUCGAACCAUUCGAUCUUUCCGAAACGUUUAUAUAACUCUCACCAACGAGAGGACAGAUUUUAUUGAUCGAUACGAUCAAUUGUUCCCGAACGUCCAACACAAAUCGAUUAUCAAAUGUUCAGGUAAUUUCUACCGAACUUUUAUCUUCGUCUGAAUUUUUUUUAUAUCGUAUACUUUAAAAAUUAUUCCAGUAACAGUAUCGGAAUGGUUUAGUGUCAUUGGUAAUUAAUUGUUUCAAGUAAAUUUGUUGAUUUAAUCAGAUAAAUUUUUCUUUGCAAAGACUAGUUCAUUUUUCUUCCAGUGAAUGACAGUCACUUUUAGUAAUCGUAAGACUAUCCAAAAAAUCACACAGAGGGAAAAAUUAUUGAAAAAUUACGUGUCUGUUCCGUCAUCUGCCGGUCAAGACAGUAUUCAGUCAAAAUUACGGAUCAAUUACGCAUUUUUUCACUGAACGUUCCACACUUUUUCUGGAACGUUUUGAACUUUUUCCUGAAAGUUUAUUGAAAAAUUGCCUAACUGUUCCCUAAUAUUUACCGAAUAUUAUUUUGACUGGCAGAUUACAGAACCGACACAAAUUUUUUCAAGAAUUUUCCUCUCCAUAUAAUCGUAAAAAUCGCG